AUGAGGGCGCGCGUACGGCGGCGGGCAUUGGAGGCGCUGGUCGAGUCCCUUCACGCCGGUGAAUCGAGGGUCCCUACCAUGAAGUGGCGGCGACAAUAUCUCAAAACGCCCGGUAUUGGCUCUGCUGUGAUAUCUGCCAUUGCGAACCACAUCCAAGGCCUGCCGGAGGGUGUGUCGGACCCUAUAACGACUGCGCCACAGUUACUGCUGAAUCGACCGCGGCACCAAAUCCGUACGCUGGACAUGCGCGCCUUGCGCGCCGGUGACGAUGGUUUUGUGGAGAUGAUGAGUGCGCUGCUGGGUGACACACUCAUCAAGAAUGUAAUCUUUGCUGGUAAUGAAAUCACCGACGACGGUGUACGCCGACUUGUUAGUCAGAUACACAGGUACACCGGCAUGCCAGGAGUGGAAGGUGGCACCUCAGCGGCCGCGGCAGCAGCGGUGGCCGCAGGGAGUGUAUCCCAGAAGAGUCUUCCAUGCAAGCUGAGUCUGCUCGCACUCACCGAUAACUUUAUCACCUCGGACGGCAUCGCAACCUUUACCACCGUGGCUCCACUUUUCCUCUGCCUGGAGCAGCUCGAGGUGGGUCGUGGGCAGAGUGCAGGCAGUGGCGAUAUGGACGACGUCCGCGACACCCUCAGCGCACAGAACAUCGCAGCCCUCUCCGCGUACGUUCAGCAAACGCCGAAGCUGGUGACCUUUAUUUACAAGGGAAACGGAAACUACCGCACCCGCAACGGCUUCACGCCGCCGGGGAUGGCCGCGUUUGUCGAUGCCGUGGUUGGUCACAGUGCUCUGAAGGAGCUCUAUCUGCAGGAGUGUUUCAGCACAAAGCCAGCGAUGGUGGGACCUCUCACGAUGCAGGCCCCAAGAGGCGAGAAGGCGACUGUGACAGAUGAGGUGGAUGUCCUUUGGACAGAAGAGAGUGUGCAGCAGUCCAUGCAGGCGCUCGCCACAGCGCUCAAUGCCCCCUCUAGCCAUCUGACCACACUUACUCUCCGCUUUCCCCUCAGCGACGAGGCGGUCCAGACGCUUUCCAUUGGUAUCGCACAGGCGCCGCAUCUUCUCAACCUCUGCCUGCGCGGCUGCGACCUCUCGAGCAAGGCGCUUGCUGUAAUCGGUGACGCUCUCUGUACGAAUAAAGCGCUGCGCCUGCUCGAUGUGUCCUACCAGUCCAACGCGAUCGCCCAUCCUGCCCUCUUGGCGGAGCUGCGCGGCUCAACCAAGCGGCGCAUAUCCCUUGUCUCGACGAUGGGCUACACUGCGUUGGAUAUGACGCGACAGGAUCUCAGCAGGGGUAACUCCGAGAUUCUAUUGCGCGAGGAGGUUCAGCAUCCGCUGCACCCUAUUAUUCGUAGCCUCCACCGGAACCGCUCCCUUUCGCAUCUCAUGAUGCUCGGACUGAGCAUUUCGACGGAUGACAUUGAGGAGCUGUGCGCCUGCAUUGAGCGCAGCGGCAAUCGCACCCUUACAGAGGUUUGGUAUACCCACGCUGGCAGCGAGGCGCUCGACAUGAAGCUGGAGGACUUCCUCGCAUCCAACCGGGAACGCGGCGCUGGCGGCAUUGGCAGCGGCGCAGCGAUUGGCGCUUCCUUUGGCUACUCCCCCCUUGCCAGCACUCACGGAGGGACGACGUCCGCGGCGGGCAGCACGAACACUAUGCCUUUCCCUGAUGCGGCCUCCUUGUCCGACAGCAGCGAGUUGCCGACGAAGCAAAGAACAAAGUUCUCCUCCAGCCUGCGUCGUGGAAACACGAGCAUCUCACAUGGCCUUGUUCCCACUUUGAUCUCCAUUCCUCUCCACCCACCGCUCAAUAGCAACAUUCCAAGCACAAGCAUUAGUGGUGGUGCGGCAGAUGUGAUGAAUGGCGAUCGUCGGACCCCGCUGUCCUCUCUGGAGAGUACACAGACUAUUCGAAAGGCAGACACGGCAGACACGGCGAACGCGGCGACGCGCAUGGUGACAAGCGCCUCACCUUCACAGGUGGCGGUAUCAAUGACUUGCAUCAGCAGCAAUACGCCCGCGGCGCGGCUGACUCCCACAGCGGGCCUAAAAAGCAAUGACAGGAGUUUUCUCAGUUUGCGGUCCGGGGACAUCACCGAGGACGCCGGUACAGUGCCGUACUAUUCUCGGACGCAUCGGGAACGGUAA